AUGGAGCAUAUUCACGUCUAUCGAGUCAAAGCCUCGCGCCGAUUCUCCCAUGUUUAUUUGGCUUUGUGUGUGGGUAUUCCUGGUUAGAAAAUAUUACAAGCAAACCUACAUAAACCGAAAAAUUUCGCUUUGAGAUCAUGCCAAAAUUUCCUGGUCAUGUACGUAAGCUGAUUCGACUGGGACAAUUUUUGGACCAUUUUUGAUGUGCUCGAAGCAAAUUGGCCAUACCGAAAAACAAUUUUUGGAACCAAUGAGCUAUACUUUUACACCCAAUUAUAUACUUUUAUACCCAAUGGCGAUUUGUUCGUUCUAGUAUGAAAUGGCGCUAAAAUCACAUACACUACCAACGUAAGUAGCACACAGGGUGACACAAACUAUUAUACGAGAAAUACGUAUCUCGCAACCCCUUGCGAAACGCGGUGUUGCACACAAGUUAUGAAGCAAACUCCGUCUGCAAAGUGAGACGCGAAACUAAGUGUGCCUCUCAAGAUAAGCCCUGACGGACGGUGUGGGAUCUGAGUGCUUGGGUAACCAGCUGCGAAUGUCAGGACCAUUACUUCUUCGUAUGGUGUUUUCCUUCUUUUCCUUUUUUCAUUGUCCUUUUUGAUUACUAAAUGAGUAAUGGAAAUUGCAUUUAGCAAUACUUCGGGCGCCGGAUGGAAAGAAAAAAGAAAAAGAAGAACAAGGCAUUCAACUCGGGUUCCGGCCGAUCGAUGGACUGAAACCAGCGCCAAGUUAAUUGUGGAUUUGUCUCGGUGUGUCUCUUGACGGCAGAAAGCCGUGCUAAAAAGUACUUCCAAAGAAACAAAACUUGUUGAGACAACAGGAUUAAAGUUAAACUUGAAAUCCGUAAUGGAUACUUCGUUCUUGGCUCUUUCCUUAAACGUACGAAGGGUUUAAGGGAAGAAAUCAGGCCACUUCAAGUUGUACACAGUUUCUCUGUUACUGGCGGAACUCCACCCUGACAAAAAUACUCCUCUUUUUUAGGUGUCAAGAACGUCAGAGGGUGUUAAGAAAUUGGAGUCAAAAUAAUGAAAAUUAAGGUCAUGGAAAUUAACGCUACACUUAAUUAACGGCACGGAAAUUAACGUUAACAUAAAUUAACGGGACCAAAAUUAAAACGCGAAUUUUGGAAAUUCGCGUUAAUUUCAUGAAGAGUUAAUUUCCUAUAAUAAGGUAGCAAUUUUUCCCAGGCAUAUUAAUUAUAUCAACUCCAUAUUAACUAGAAAACAACUUCCGUCGGUUGCAAGGAAAGGAACGGAGGACAAAUUUUCAAAGGAAAACGGUGAAGGAACAACGAAAAAGCUGUCUCACUCGGUCGGCAUUUUUUGUUUUGUGGUUCUGUACGGAUGUUCCCGGAAACACUAUUUUUGCGGGAAAUCAGUACAUCUAAAUAUAUAUUUUAAAGGGAAAGGGUUGACUCAAGAAGGUUAUGGCACACUACUAAUCGGCUCCUGAGACGUACAGUGAUGCAAUAUAUACCUCUUAAUUAUUACCAGUGUUUUCGGUCUGUACUGUAAAUUACGGAUCCUCGUUUUUUCCCAUCGAUUUAUGGCCCAAGCGCGAAGCGUGCGGGCCAUAAAUCCAUGGGAAAAACGAGGAUCCGUAAUUUGCAUUACGGAUCGAAAAAACGAGGCUAAUAAUCUGUUUAUUAUAUGCUUCCUGUUUAGGAAACAAGUGCAGAACAAGCGAUUUGACAGUCAUUUGACAGGCGUCAUUUCAAAGUUUGAAUUGGCUCACCGAAGGCUUUUUGUCUGAAAGUAAAAUCAAAGUGCUAAUGCGCCAUGUUGAAAAAGUCUAUUCUGUCAAAACUAAUAGCUAAGAGCUCUGUAAGUAUUCGCUAUCCAAUGUGACGCUGGAGUCUUUUGAAAGCUGGAACUGGGUUGAAGUUGAUCCAUCUCAAUCUUUCGCUGGCCUUUGGAAAAAAACAUUGCAGAUGGCAAAGAAGCUUAUCAAGGGGACCAGGUGCACUCUAUGUUUGUUAUCAUACUUUUCGAAGGAAUCGCUCGUUUACUCUUAGGCGAAAUGUCUCGUCAAUCUCUGCCAGUCAGAAACUACAGAAAAUUUAAUGCCGUUAGUUUUAAGGUGUUUCGAUGCAGUUUUUCGCAGACCAUACCGAUGUCCAAUCGCCUUAAAAGAGAUUUUAUCCUUGUCCGAUCGACAAAAUUUUCCCGAGUGAUUGACUAUAAAUUGAAGUUUAUCAAAAUGCAGUUUCUAGUAAAAUCGAUAUCACUAUGACAACAAUAAACAAAAAAGUAGGCUAGUUUUCAGAUCGUAAGAAAGGAAAUACACCAAAACUUCCAUGCAUCGAAAUAUGAUGUUAAGCAGCCUUCUGACGCUAUUUAAGAUUAACUUGAGUUAUUUAGAACUCUUUUACCAAAUAAUUUAUCACGGCUAUUGAAAAUAUAAGGUUUGAAAUAUAUUUACGUUUUAUUUGAAUUCAAACAUACAGAAUUUUUUACUUCUCACGGGGCUUAUUUGCUAAACACCACACUGUAAGUUACUGAUGUCAGAUUUUCAGGAGCAGGUCUAGAUCGAGCGAAAUUUGGAUUUAAUCGAUUUCAAUUUUUUGUUUUUUAUUUUGGUCAUAGUGGUAUCGAUUUUACUAAAAACUGCAUGUUGACCGACUUCAAUUAAUGUUCAAUCACUGGUGAAAAUUUUGUGGCGAUCAUACAAGGAUAAAAUCUCUUUUAAGGCGAUUGAAAAACAUCGGUAUGGUCCCCAAGAAACUGUAUCGAAACACCUUAAAACAGACAGAAAAUGAAUCGCCGAUUGAAGCGUGCUGUCAAUACAACAGAUCCAAACACUUGGGCCGAUUAGAAGAGGUUGAGAAACGAAAUAGCAUCUGACCUUAACUUAGAAAAGCAUAAUCUGCUUAUUUCAGAGAUCAACUUAACCAGGCGAAGACAACUGCGGCUUCCGUUAUACGAGGAUGUAAUGUCCAAAGCAACCAAACCUAAAGUACGCAAGAAGAAAAGGUCGCUUAGGCGCGACAACAAUAGCCUAGCUGGGAAUGAGACCGAGAAAGCUAAUCUUAUGAAUAGCUUUUUCUCCACAAUUGGUCAAACAUUAACUGUAGGGCAAUCCCAGUACUUUACCAGUCCCAAAAAUAUCCGAUAUUUGUCUAUCCAGCAAUGAAGUAGAGAGAAAAAGUUAGUUCAUUGAAGAAAAGCAAAGCUACUGGACCAGAUUAGAUAUCAGCCAAACUGAUGAAACUUGCAGGACCCGCUGUUGUACUCCCGCUAACCAGCCUUUUCAAGCGCAGUACUCGUGAAUUCUGGGUUUAUAGCGAUUGGAAAAUGUCUAGACUAACUCCUGUGCACAAGAAAGAUGAUCCUACAGAAAUAGGAAAUUAUCGCCCCCUCUCUCUGCUGAGUGUCCUCAGUAAGAUUUUGGAAUUAUGUGUUGCGGACUCAAUUGUGAGUCAUGUUUUCAUCGAAGAGGGCAAAGGGCCUAUAGAAAAGGGAGAUCUACAGAGCUACUUCUUACUCACCUAAAUAAAAAUUGGCGACGCGCAAUUGAUAACAAGAAAUUGUGGGCGUUCUAUUUAUGGACUUCUAAAAGGCGUUUUAUUGCGUUUCACACUCCCUUGUACUUGUAACCAACUCUGUAUAAGCAUGAUUCACUAGUGCCGCAUCCCAAGAAGUGCGAGGGUGUGAUCCUUCACAGAAAUAAUUUUGUUGGGCCCCUUGGUAGCUUAGAAAUUGACCAGCAUCACAUAAAGGGGACAACCUAUACUAAAUUGUUAGCUGCUACUAUUGACAAUAAGCUCACGUGGUCAAGACACAUUUCAGAACUUAAUAGAGGGUUUGUUAAUAAACUGAACCUUAUUAAACGCUCUCGCUUCCCACCCAUAAAAACGCUUUUAGACCUACAUUUUAAAGUCAUUUUACCCUUUAUAACUUAUGUGCUACCAGUUUGAGGGUGUGCCACCAAUAAGAAUGAGUCAUACUUUGGAAUCUAUUUAAUGCAGAGCUGCUAGAGUCACAUAUAACCUGCCCGCGACUUACCCUCUGAAGACGUUCGAAAAUCAGUCAAGUGGGAUUCUUUAUUUGAUUACAUAGCUUUAUCAUGCUUAGAACAUGAUCCAGAGGCGAGAGAGAACAAGUAAGACUUGCGUCAACGCCACCGCGUAACUGUUCCGCAUUUCGAAACGUACUACAUGAAGAACUCCAUCUCGUACAAAACAUCCAUUGCUUGGAACUUGUAAGAUCCCUCCGUAGCUAGCACAAGAGCCUACGCUAAAAUGGCCUUAAACUCUGAAGCCCUCAAAAAUCUCAACUUCUCAGCUGAAUCACCCCAAAUGGGUGCGUUCAACAACAGUGAUUUCGUCUUUUAUUUUCUAAUAUUCAAUUAAUACAGUCGACUCCCGAUAACUGGAACCCUCGCUAACUCGAACCUCGCGCUAACUCGAACCAAAAUCGAUUUCCCCUGGAUUUCCGUCAUACAUUCACUGUAAUUUUACCCUUGGUAACUCGAACUCCCGCUAACUCGAACCAAUUUUCGUUUCCCCUCAAGUCAUUUUCUAUAUUUUACCCUCGAUAACUCGAAUCAUGUUUUGAGCCCUUAAAAAGUCGGGAAAAAAAACUCGUCUACUAAAGUCCGAAACAUUGAAUUUUGGAUUUCCUAUUGACGUGUUGUAGGAGUAUAGUUUACUAGUGGAGGUUGAUGUUGAUUGUCACAGGUUAACGUGAAGCAGCUUUUCUUGUCAAAACAGUAAAACGCAUGCUUUCAUUAGAUUAUGUUUUGUUACUUUACGUUCUGAUUUAUAAUCUAAAAUUAUCUUUUGACUUUCACUUGACAUUUCUACAAUUAAAUGUGAUUAAAAUGUUCACUGUGCAGUAAAAACUGUUUUUUACCUUACUCUCGGCUAUUUUCUUCAAACUCCCGAUAACUCGAACCUUUUUUCGAUUUCCCUUGAGGGUUCGAGUUAUCGGGAGUCGACUGCGCUACAUGAUCAAUGAUUCAAAGCCAACUUUAUUAGCAUAUGAUGCAUUUAUGUUUUUUCUUGAUAGAACAAGUAUUUUUAUUACUAAUUUUUACUUUUUAGGUAUAGUUUCUUAAUUACAAUCUGCAUGUACUUUAAUUAGCAUGUUUUUAAUUGAUAUCAUAUACACGGCCCCAUAAGCUGUAUUAGUUUUAAUUUUAACUGUACUCGUUUUUAUAAGAAAAUAAAAUAAUAAUAAUGAUAAUAAUAAUAAAAGUUAAUCAUGAUUUUCUUUACACACUUAUUUAGCUGCUUGUUGGUUAAUAAUUAACAAACCUCAGCCUAACCUCCAUUGAGGGGACACUUGCCUUGGUCACGAGGGUGUCCUCUGAAUAGAGGUUCCACUGUAUCUACACUCCUUCAGUCCAGGAAGGUCAACUGAGUUUAUUGACAUUUUAGCCGGAUCGAAGAGUGUGUGGAUACCAUAACAUCAACUCUAAGGGAGAGGAUUGAUCACUUACGUUGUCGAGGCUCUAAUGGGUAGUUACCAAGCAACAAAAAUAAUUACACUCUUUGAGUUUGCGUGCGAAUUACAAUGAUCAUGAUCAUCAUCAUAAUCAUCAUAUUAUCGUCGUCGUCAUCGUCGUCCAAUAUUAGGGAGCUUAUAUUAAGCAACUACAGUUACGACGACGACGACAACUUUAAGAAAACAAUAGGUUUAAUGAUUAAAACAACAGCUCUGCACGUACAUCACGCUUUUUAGUACUAUACAUUUCUUUGACGUCCACUGCACGACUACGACGUGAAACCUCCUAACUGGACGUUUUAUGGAGGACGUGAACAAACGACGACGAAUUUUCCUUCCUCUUUUUGAACUUGAAUAAAAUCCUUAAGAAUUCAACCCCAGGAAAAGUCUCCUGCAUUUGACAUAUUGAGCGGGUCCAAAAGAACGCAAAUUCACUUUUUUAGCGACGUUUUCACUGCCGUCGUGGUCGUCGUUGCUUAUGGUCCCUAAUUGCGCCGUAAUUGGUCACGAGCUUUUUCCAUUCCUGACGGUCUUGAAGUUAAUUAUCUCUUUUGUCAUCACAGAGAUAGCAAAAUAGCAACUUGAUAAUGAAUAAAUGCUUAUUGAUUAUGUUUUGAUAAAUAAAUGAGUUGCCCCGAGUAGACAAUUAAUUGACCUGAAAUAAUGACUAACAACGCCAUCAAAACUAAUAGCUAUACCUAAUUUUAUGUUCAACAAAGAAAACGUGAAGAUGUAUCUUAGGCUGCUUCUUAUUGCAAGAAGGCUAGCACUUGACUCGUUUUGGUGUUACAGGUGCGUAUAUUAAUCACAGUCUUUUUAAAUCUUAUAUAAUAUGCAUUACACACAGCGCACGUCAUGCGCUGAUACCUUCAUCCGCGACACCUGACAGAGUUUCUAUAUUUGGAGUUGCGCAGUAUUUCAGCUCCACAUAGACAAGAAAAAUGCGAACAAUGAGUUAAAUGUCUACUGUUGAUACUGUUUUCACUGUGAAUGAAAAAAUAUUUUCUCUCAGGAGGAAAUGUUUUGCAACUUCUCGUUCUCGUUUCCUUUCCUCGCCCUAGUCGAGCAAUUUCCUAUUUUUUGUGUUUCACCACAAAACAAGGGCGUGGACAUGCGGUUUUACGACUCUUAAAAACAAGAUUCUCUGGUUAGUAACUUCUCACAGGAUUUACGUGUCAAAAACAAUUGCGUUGUACGCUGACAGCUGUUUUCCCUUUGUUGGGCUUGUUGACACGCACUACCUUUCCAAAAUGUAAAUCAGCAACGCAAAUUUUCCUAAGUUUAUUUGUUAAAGAAGUUUUAGUUUCGAAGGGGCGAUCAUACAUUCAUAAUACAAAGACAAAAAAAAAGCGACCGCGUUUCUUAGUAUUUUUAUAUAUAUCGUUGCUGGGUUCAGAUUAGCUUGUGACUAUAAAGGCUAGCCAAUGCGUGUGGUUACAUGACGAAGUAAAUAUUGCGAUAUUUAAAGUUAUUUUAGUCACUAUUUCUAUGGAAAAACUAUGGCAGAACAGAUCUAUGAAAAACUUAUUGAAUUCGUGCUGAAGAAAAUAGCCUCUGUGUGACACCGCAAAUAUAUAUUACUUGAUAAAUGAUUAUAAUAGUUAACAUAAAAUAUAUAUUAUGAUAAUACUAUUUAAAAAAUGUAAUGAAUUCCUUUUUGCACAUUAUUUUUCUCUUGGUUAAUAUUAAAGAUUGUCUGUCAUUUGCAAACAGUCACUAAUUCGCCUUUAAAGAUCUCUAUAAAAAGCCAAAGCUAGUCCAAAUUGUAGGCGAAAUCAUUUACCAUUGACUGAUCUGGCUUCUGAAUUAACGAUGACGUAAAUUGAACUCUGAUCGGACUGUUAGAGCGCUUUCAAGUGAAGUCAUCACACUUCCCACUCGGAUAUGUGAUGUACUUCUCUGCAUGCAGCAAUAUCGAUGAUGAGCUGUCAUUAUCAUGUGAUCAGCGGAAAUAAGGGACACGAGUGUAUAAAAUUAAACCGUCGGCAGUUUAUGUAUUAGUGAAACAAUAGAAAAGUGCCGAAUUUCGGGUGGGUCCUUAAAAAGAGCGGUGCACAUAUUAUAUCAGGGGUAGCCAAGGAAGUCAGCAACUGACACAAUUAAGGAGCAAUCAUCGCCGGAGAAGAGAUAUUUUAGCUUACGCACAACUUCGUCAACAAGUAUCACAACCCGUGAGUGUAUGGUGUACUACCGAUUUCUUGUCAUCAACAGACAGACUUAUUGUUCCACAGAGAAAUAUCUCCGUACCAUUCUAUUAAACUAGAGAUUUUUUUCCUUUCAGUUAGUAUGAAUACAUGUCACGGAAAGCGGGUUUCUCGCUGGGUUUCUGCCACCAUGUUGAUUUUCGCGUCGUUGCAGCUAUCUGGUAAGUCAGUGAGCAAAUUCUGUCCAUUUUGGAAUUACAGUCAUUACCGACCAAAUAAUACCUAAAUGAUGCAUUGUUUCUUUUUGGGCCAUUUUAGAGGCAAUAAGAUGGAACAAACAGCCUGAAAAACCAACAAUCUUGGUUGAAGGAGUAAACAACACUGGGGAGAGUCUGAAACUCGAAUGGACUUUCGUUAAGGAGCCAUCUGAAUUUAUUGAAAGAGUCACAUUUCGAAGAGAUGAUGCUGAUCCACCAGAAGAUAUUGCAGUCAACGAAGAAGGAGGAGCGUUUACUGUUUUUUCGAAAUUUAUCUCAAACUACAGUGCAAGCAUUCCAGCUACACUGAUGUUGCGAAAUCCCGUGACCAACGACGAGGAGUUCAUAUAUUCUAUCGUGGUAUCGCUCCGCGAUAAUAACAAUCCUGCGCCAAGUCUUAGCGACAAAGUACAAUUAAUAGUGUUUGGUAAGUAAAAUAUGUCUUUCCUUCUAAGUUUUUCAGUUAUUUCUAACAUUUUCAGGCUAAUAUAAAGCGUAUUUCAAAAGACCUUUCAUAACAGCCCCCUAUUUAAGUUCUCUAGAGUAAGCCGGGCGUCGUCAGUCCCCUGAAUCGUGACUUAAUUGAGUGUGAGAGAGAUUUAUUAAACCAAAUUUCUCUACGUCACCCUGAAACUCUUGAGAAAAGUCUGAAUAGCGGUGUAUGAGUAUUUUUUGACGGUCUUUUUUCAACAGUACCUUUGCGGUAAGCUUCGCAUCAGUUACUUCCUCAAUGGAACGUGCGUUCGUUCUUGCGUGCCUUUAAUUUGAAAUUAACGUAAUUGCCCUUUUUUUACCAUCUCUGCACGCGCCAUAAUGUGUCAAAAGCCUUAGGCUAUAUUAUGUAAGCUUUUAAUUAGCUGACUUAAAGGAGAAGUUUGAAAAUACUGAGCAUAUUCAUAGUUUAUUCCAUCACAAAACCAUCAUUUUUCACGACACUACAAACUGCAGACAAAUAUCAACACUGUACUCGUUUUCUUCAUGCGGUUCAGUUUUGAGUAAGUUACUUUCAAUCAAUCAUGUAGUAAGUUAUACCAAUUAUAUAGCAGAGAAAAGGCUGUUUCGUUGCGUAAAUUAACCGACCAUAAAAGAUCGGACCCUUUAAGUAGCGCAAUUAUUUUGAAAAAAGAAAUUUCGGGCCAUGCGAAAACGAUUAACAUCAAUAAAGCUUAUAUUGGUCGCGUCAUAUUAGAGAUAAAAUAUUCACACUAUUUCACGCAAAAAAUAAAAGAAGCAACUUUAAGGUAAAUUGUCGUUGUCGCCCAAUUAUUUUGAAAUCAAAAGUUAUUUUAUAAGUUGUUUUGGAAGCUUGCGUUUUAGUUCUGAAAUGCGUAGGAGUUACGCAUAGUGACUCAUGGAAUGAUUUGCAUACAGAGUCUACCACGACUCAGUGAAUAUUGAGUGUUAUGUCAUUUUUCGUCGUGUUCACAAUAUAUGGAUGCUAAAUAUAUGAUUUGAAGUUUCUGCGUGCAAAAACAGUUAUGGUAACAGAAAAAAGCGCAUCAAGAGAUCAGUUGUCGAUCUCUUCAACUGGCAUGGUUUUAAGGUUCCUACUUUUAGAUUGUAGACUCUAGUCAGUACAGACUGACUUUAAGGAAAACAACGUAGCCAUUCGUUUUAUCCUUUCCGGACAUCUGACAAACAUCUUAUAAACUUGGGCGUGCAGCAACCACAUCGAUAAUCAACUUUUGGCUCAGGUCUACUUCAUUCAUGUACUUCUUUUAAAAAUUUUUCUCCCCACUGACAAUGCCGUAAUUGUGAGAUAGUAAAUUACAUUUUGAGGUCGUCAUUAAUGUUACUCAACCGUUUAAGCCGUGUGGUUGAAACUAUUGGCCAUAUUUAUGUGAUCUACUUGACGGUUUUGAGACUUCACUAAUUUUAGUGCAAGCACUUAUUUCUUGGAUUCAUGAAUUGGACGAUUUCCUAAAAAGCCUGUAAAGUUACAUGGAAUCCCUUUUACGUCUACGUAUGACGUAUUACUUCGCUCAUAAUAUUCACUGUAAUAUAUACCAGCCACUCUUCUUUGAGGCCACCUUGAGCCCCAGCUGAGUAGAACCCUCCUUGACGUAUAAGUUAUUGUUAUUCCGCCUUUUCCAAAACUUUAAUCGUGAAAUUUAGUUUUUCUCUGUUCAAUAUCUGUCUUGAAAGGGUUCCGUGAGACCGUAUAUGGACGAUAUUCGUAUUCCCCGACGGCGCUGGGACGAGACACUUCACAGCAUGAUUGCGAGGAUAAUUUAAGAGCGGGGAACUUGUUAGCAAAAACAAAACCAAACAUUGGUUAGUCGCGGGUGAAUCGCUUCAAAACGAUAGAAAUCAGCAAAAACACUGGUAGAUUUAAAAGCUGAGACCUUACGGGUAAGCUAAAGGGAUAUCUGUCUCAAAAAACAAAACUGUGGGAAGAGCUGGUCGUACUAACAGCAAAAGUUAAAAAGUCACGAAGCCAAAAGAAGAAACAAUCAAGAAUAUGGUAUAUUGUGUCAAAAUGUCAACACUCGAAUCCUUUUAAUAAAAUUUUAUUCUUCUUAUUAUUCUUUUUCUCUUGUGUGUAUCAGUCUGUAGUUUGAAGUUUAAACUGCUCAGUGUUAUCGUCUGUACCAAACUCUGUGUUCAACUGCGUGCACGUUUUUGUACUCUCGCGCAAUUGUUAUCGAAGAUAAUGUAACUUAAAUUUAAAAAUAAACUUUACCUAGUCAUCUUUGUUCAAACCGGUUUAACUUCCUUAAAAUGCACAUGGACUGUGUGCAGAACGCUAAGCCCCGAACUGAUAAGUAAUUAUCCACUGAAUGAGUCGUUUGCUUUACUUCAAAUACACAUUUAAGAUUUUGCAUCCGCUCUGUUAGAAAAUUUCAACUGCAAAGUAGGGGUGAUAACAUCACCGUUAACUUUAUCGCAGGCUUUCGAUAAGUACGUCCAUUUCAAAAUAAGAUAUUCUUCAAAAGGACACUGAGCACUCUUCUCAUCAAUAUAAUUAUGGUUAGGAUCGCUGUUUUUCUUGGUAAUAAUGAGCAGAUCUCCCUUUUGUUGUUUGAAAUAAUGAUCUCUCAAGUAUGUAAGCCCUUCGAAACUUUACAAUGUUAAAAAUUUUCCUUAAAUUCGGCAAACUCAGCCACAGUUUUUUCAAAUUUGUUUGUCCUCUUGGCGAGAAGGUCCCCCGCAUGAGCCUCGCAUUCAUGAUCAAGGCCCACUGGUCCCAGGACUGUCGGAGAAUACGAAUUCUGUCUAUUUUUAAACGGUACCGCCGGAGUUUUGUUCCAAUUGUUUUUGUCUGUUGGCAAUUAAGAGUGCAUUUUUAGUGAAGACUCGUUCGGUAAUUAUCAAGAAGUGCACGGUGAAACUAACCAUAAAUCAACUGCUGAGUGUCGGCUUUAUAAGAGAGCAAGGAAUUUCAAGCACGAACUUCACCGCUGGCUGAUGAUUUUUAUCAUGGCUUUUUAGUGAUGGGGUUAUUUUAGAACAAAGAUUGAAAGAUGCCUUAGUCUUGAAAUCUUUUUCUAAAAAAUUCGGAUUUCGAUAGUGUUUAAAAGUCCUGUGAAUAGUUAUUAAGAUGUGAACAAUUUCUUCCAUUAUUUAUGUGGUGUUUACAAGUUCCCUAAGCCUCCCUAAGGCUGUGAAAAAUAACAAAAAACAACUAACGAACAAAUAAAACAAUAUAGGGAAACGAUUAUUUAUUUGAGGAACACUGAAUAAUAACGUAUUCAUAGUUUCACAACUGUAUCAUAAAUCGCCAAUCUGAGUUCUCUAUUACUACCAUUUCAGAGCGUUUUAAGGCAAUAACUCCCUCUAGGAAAGAUAUCAAUGAUAGUAGUGCGCAAUUACUCAGCGGGGUAGACACUCAUGAGCCUACACUAUGCGAACAUUAAACUAUUAAUAGUCGAUACCCAUGAAAUAAAAGAAUUAUUGAGAGAGCCCUUUUAGCUGAAUUUGCCGGUAAGAAGGACCAAAACCACAUGAACUGAAUUCUUGGAGGAAAUAAGACACAUAAAAUUGCCUUUUAAAACGGUAGAAGUACGACUUUUCGAAUUCUUAUUAACGGCUCGCCCGACUUGUUUCCUUUCACAGGUUUAAACUGAAUUUGAAUUGGAUAUGCGGCAGCGUUAAAAUAAAGGAUACUUUUCUUUGAAGGGUUCUGUUCAUGGGUAACCUGCAAACGGUUUGAUGGCUCCUGCGGCCGGCGUAAUCAUUUCUUUUUUCGCCAGGAAUGAUGAAAGAAAUUGCAGUUGUUUUAUCUGCGUUUUUUGUUUUCGACAGUGCCCCCAAGAAUUACAUCAGAGCCAGAGAGGGAGUCUAAAGUUCGCGUUGGAGACAAUUUGACACUGACUUGCAAUGUAUCUGGUGACCCACUCCCAGAAGUCACAUGGAGCAAAGAGGGCCAAACGCUUAAACUGUUUAAUGUUACUGGCCCUGUUCUGCAUCUCGUUAACGUAACGAGGAAGGAUGUUGGAUCUUACAAAUGCACAGCAAAAAAUAAAGUUGGAGAGGUCUCUCACCCUGCCGCCGUUAACGUUGAAUGUAAGUAAUUUUUAGUUUCAAUUAUACUGUUAGCUAUGCAAUUGAAGUAAUCAGUACCGUGCAUUCACAAGUUCAAGGUACGAUCAAAAGGAGCAGUUGCUUUGUUAUUUUCUUGUGAACUAUUAUCUUGAAAGGCUAAAAUGUAUGUAGUAGUUUGGAAACUGCGAUAAAAGUUUGCCCUAACCACGACAUUUGCCUCCGUCAUUGAUGAAUGUGGGAAAACUGGUUCUCAAAAACUGAUGAGCCGAGUUAUUUAGUACAGCGUAGGUCAGACACCUUUCUAUCUUUUCAUUGCUGAGACAGAGGCAUUGAAUUAAACGUAAAAGUUGAAAGCAAUUUAUGAGCCUAUUUUUGUGUUAUUACUUUUGGGAAAAUUUAGAAUCCUUGUCGUCCCAUGUAAGAGAAUCUGUACUCCGAAAUCCGGAAAAUUCUUGCUCGUGGCGUAUUCGGAAUCCAGGAAUUUUUUGCUUGGAAUCCGGAAUACAGUUGAAGGAAACCGGAAUCCCGUUAACGAUUGAAAUCCGGAUUCCAAAUUCCACUGACACAGAAUCCGGAAUGCCGCGUGAGUACCUGGAAUCGACAAGUUCAGACUGUCUUGGAUUCCCAUUUAAACGGGGCGAUUUUUGAAACGCUCUGCAGUUGCCUGCAGAAAGAUACUUUGGGACUGUUAUCAGUUUUGAGUAGAAUCGCAUAAUUGAGUAAAAUCUCGCAUUCUGAUUGGUUAACGAAGCGAGGUGUUUAGUCUGGAAUUGCAAAUUGAAAACGAGGCUAAGCGAUAAUGUUUUGUAUGGUGGCGCACAACUGUCACGGCAAAACCAAAAACCUUAUGGCAAAAACAAAAUACCUCAUGGCAAAAACAAAAACCUCACGGCAAAACCAAAAACCUCACGGCAAAAACAACAUACCUCACGGCUAAACCAAAUUCUUCACAGCAAAAAAAGAAUAGCUUUGGUUUUGCCGUGGGUAUUUGCUUUUGCCGUGAGGUAUUUGGUUUUUGCUGUGAAGUAUUUGGUUUUGCCGUGAGGUCUUUGUUUUUGCGGUGAGGUUUUUGGUUUUGUCGCGAGGUAUUUUGUUUUUGCCGUGAGGUUUUUGUUUUUGCCGGGAGUUUUUCGGUUUUGCCGUGAGGUAUUUUGUCUUUGCCGUGAGGUUUUUGGUUUUGCUGUAAGGUUUUUGUUUUUGCCGUGAGGUUUUCGGUUUUGCCGUGAGGUAUUUUGUUUUUGCCGUGAGGUUUUUGGUUUUGCCGUGACAGUUGUGGGCCACCGUAGUUUGGAAUCUACGUAACAACUAUCGUUAAAUUCUGACACAACAACUGCAAAAAAGGUUUUCUACAAUGUCAUUUUGAAAUGUUUUCAAAACCAUUGUCACCUUUUGAAGAGUAGAAAACAAACAGAAGCGUUUUUAAAAUUGAGCCGGAGGUUCUUCCUUGUUUUGAAGUCAACUACAAAUUCUCGGAGAGACAUAAACUAACCUCUUUCGCUCGCAACCACGAGAAAACAAGAAAAUCCUGUGAACACAGCCCAGAAAAUGGUAACCCAAAGUUCAACCAAACAAAACGGAGAAGCGACAACGGAGAAAGUGCCAGGGUCGAUCGUCACAUAUACAGAAGAAGAGAUAAAUACCUUCAAAGACGACAUGGCCCCUGAAAACACGAAAAAGAGUACGCCGCUUGCAAUCGUCUGAGUCAAUAGCCCAUUCGGCCUUUGGCCUCAUGGGCUAUUGACUCAGAGCCCAUUCGGGCUCGAGGAAUAAUUGUUAAAUAGUAUCACUGAGAGGUUCAUAUUUUUGGUAAUGGAUUCAUAAUAACCGUCACAUAAAUCCAUUACCAUUGUAACUAGCAUUUAACCGGUGUAAAACAUAUUGUUGAGGUCCAUUGUUGGUAAAGCAGUUCUUAGCUUGUAGAGUCCAUCAAGCUUCUAAUUUUUUAAAGCAAAUAUAAUAAUUUUUGUCUUUUUAUGUCUGCGAUUGAUAGGUCCAGAAAACCAGUGUGAGGAUCAUGAAUUUGGAAUUAGAAUAACAAACAUCAGAUGGAUACAAGCCUUUAACAACUCCAAUGCAAUUGAAUAUAAAUCCUUGAAAUCAAACGUCACAUCAGAAGUAAGUCAAUAACCCUGGCUUUUGUCGUUUGGCUUUCCCUUAUCAUUUGCUGAUAAAAGAGUAACACAGAAUUAAGCAAUGGCUGUAUAAUUUCUUUUUCGUCAGGUUUACAAUCUAAAGCAAUGGGAAACCCGAGCCAAAUUAACCAAAUGCCAAAAAAAACCCGGCUAAUUGGGGACACUUACAACUGGAAAAUUGCACAUAUCUACUUAAGUGAUAUUGUGAACGUCCAGGAUCUAGAUUAAUGAGGGUAUUAUUACAUUUGUGGCUUGUAUCAACAGGGUGACUCUGUGUUUAAUCGAUCUGUCAUCAAAAAAUGUAUCGAAGGAAAUUCACCUGUUUCUUUCACAGAUUGCAAGAAUCUACACCCAAUCUCAAAAUGCCGAAAAGCAACUAUAUGGUAUAACUAUUGUGGAGUUUAGGUAUGGUAUAUGCAAUUAUUUAUCGUUGACAUGCAAUCAUGUAAUUGUAACAAAAAAAAAAAACGGAAGAAAAUUGUAUAUUAAUAAACGAUAGCUGGAGGGCAUUGGAAAAGAAUUAAAACCUCUCGAGAAUAACAACUUCUUUUGUUAAUUACAUCAUUAUAUGCUAUAUCUUAACCACAGUCGAUUCAUGACCUUGUUAAUAUGGAAGCUUAUCUAGCAAUUCAUGGAGCAUGAGUAUGAUAAUGAUGAGGUAAAGGAGAGAUCUGAUUAAUUUCUCAAAUCAUCCGAAAGCCUAAUCCAUGCGAUAAUAAUUUUAUUAUUCUUUCAAAACAUGCUUAAACAUAAAAACAAGCUAAACCAAGCUUAACCUGGAUCGAUGCUAAGUUCUCGUCUUUAUCUUCCAGCUGAUGAAAUCACGUUUUACGGGUUUUUUUUUUCAUUGAGCCACGUUUUUAACUCACUUUUCAGGAUCACUGAUGGAAGCAAACCGGUUUAAAUAGCAUUUUACAAAAUAUGCAUAUUUAAUUAAAUAGUCAUGCCUUAAUUGGCCUGAGUAUAAAAUAUCCUAAGAAAAUAUCCAACACCUCGCAAUGCCGCCACUGGUUUCUCCGCGAAAUAAAGUCUAAGGAAUGGACCCAGAUAUUCCUUACUAACGUAUGACGCGUCACUAUCCAGAUCUGGGUCAGUACUACUGAUUGGCUGGCAUACUGAAGACACGUCGCUACCCAUGAAAACUGGGCAAGGCCUUUGAUUGGAGGAAAAUUUCUUCAACCAAUCAGAAGCACUAUCCACUUUUCAUGGGUAGUGACGUGUCAUAAGUAUGGAAUUUCUGCGCUUGUUACCCUAGGUCAUUUCUCGGGGAAACCACUGGCGGUGUCACGAAAUGACGGCUGUUCAGUGUUUUCUCAAGCUGGAUAUAAAGGGAUGUUAGGUCUAACAUAUAUUCUUUAGUUAAAUUGCAGAUAUCAUCCGUUGAGCUGUAUUCUUUUGUUUUUGCUACGUUUUUAAGUAGCAACCGGGAUAUUUUGUUUUUCUUCGAAAAACGAGUGAAAUGAUCCGCCAUCAUAUUUUACUACUCUACCGAAAUAAUGAAACCCUGUUCCCCGGGGUUCUCGGUUGUUGUCCCUUUAUCUGGCGGUUUUCCAGAUAUCGCAAACGUCUUUCAAAUUUGUACAGCGAUUGCUGGUUUAAAAGACUUAGCCGAGGGGUUUGGGCCAAUCAGAAACAGACAUAGUUUAAAUGAAUAAUGAACUAGCUUAAUUGAAAGCUGCACAAUUAAUAUUUCAAAUUGAUUGCAUACAGUAAUUGCUUAAUUCUCGGACGUAGGAAGGGGGAGGUUGCUCCCCCUCCUUUUUUCUGAUUUUUUUCCUAGACGAUAAAACAUUAGCACCUGAAGUUUUCUGUAGCUGUUUGUUUAUCCUUCGCGCGCAUUUUGAGAAAAGUUUAGUGAUGGUCCGUUACUAUGGUUACGAGAUAAGUAGCAAGUAACGUCAUAAGUAGCAGGUGGUCAAGCCAUUUUUGAGUGAGUAUGCAUGUUUUUUCACCUUUUUUCAACAGUAAAAGCUAAACUUGUGGAUGAAAUGAUGCAUAGUAAUUAUUUAUGUGUCAUUUUACAUGUUAAGCGCAAAAAAAUUAGCAGUUCUCACUGUUUUCACUUGCUUUCUAACUCUUGAUAAAAUCCAAGAUGGCGACCAUGUUUGGUGACAUGACAGACCUCAAACAGCGCUACCACCAAUAAAACAUAACCCAUCUUGUAGAGAAUAUCAAAGGCUUUCCACUGAAGGCAAAAUCGUUUCGAAAUACUCCCAUCAUCUCCGCGCCCCUUGUACCACGGCGGGAGUAUGACUUUGCAUGUACGUCCGAGGGUUAAGGGCUUGUUUACAUGAAGGUGGGGGACCCCAGGUGUAACCCGCUUAGCUGGGAUAACCUGCCUGUCCAUAAAAUCUCUCAUCGCGUUUACAUGAUAGGAGGGGAGAGACCGCCGAGGGGGUUUGUCCAGCCUGAGAUAACCCUUCUCAACCAGGGUCAAAUUUUUCCAUGUCAACGUUUCAUGAAGGUAGGGUAAUAGAAGAGAAUUGACCGCCAAAACACGUCAUUUGCGUGCCAUUUUUGUUGUGUUGUGUUGCCUUUUGUUGUUGUUUUUGUUUCUUCCUAUUUUUAAGUGCUUUGCGACCAUUCAACAAUCCUCAAAAAGUCACUGCGGGAUGGUUGGUUAUUUUUGUUCCGACCUGACGGGGUUAAAACCUACCUGGGCUCCCAGACCUCCGUGUAAACGAGCCCUAAGAUAUAUUUUAUUUUCAGAGAAGGAAGUACCAUUGCUGUUGUUCGCCUACGAUUUGAAAGAAACAUCAGCGACCCCUUGAAGCCUUUGGAAGAUGCUAUCAAAGAUGGCAUAUUGGGGCGGAAUAUCAGAGUUGAUACACAGCUCCUUAAUACAAGUAUGUCAAGCUCCAAUCAAUUCACUCCAAGUCAAUCCAGUAGGUACCAUUAGUUAAAUCUUAACGACGCUGACAGACAUGAUAAGGACUACAUUAUAAUCACGUGACAGGGAUAAUAGAGAGAAACUCACAACCUGACUCCUAAAUUCCACAUCAAAUUGCACGGAAAUAAGGAUCAAUCAAAUUUCAUUUAUUAUUAUUUUUAUUACAGUCGAAGCAGGUCAUUAGCGUUGCUGUCGCUAACGAACUAAUGAAAUGAUUUCGUUUGUUGAUUUAAAAAUAGAAUGUUGAUUCGAUUCCCGUUUUUUGAAAAACUACAAUUUCCUCAAGUCGACCUCAGAAUUUUGUUUUUUCUUCUUUUUUGCCAAGAGUCGAGUGCGGGCCAGUUCUGAAGUUCAAACCCAUACAAACUGUCACAUGUACGCCAAUUUGCCGCCAGAAAUCAGUGCAACAGACAUGGGUCGGGUUGUUCUGAAUCAGCUUUGCAGUAGCCUUUCGACUUCUCGUGCCUUGGUUCUUUAUAUUUUGGCUGAUUAGAUCUCUUUUCUAGAGAUCCAACGUUUACAACUAGCAGGAUCUUCGUCCACGGUUUUUGCAGUUAAUUUAAUCCUUUAUUAAGAUUAAGGGAGCUCGUAACUAUUAUUUCUAAACAAUAAGUUAUUGUUUCAGAACAAAAGUUAAGAGCCCUUUUAUCUUAAGACGGCUUAAUGCAACCUGGCCCAGACCUCUUAGAAAACAUGAUGGUCAAACUGAGGUCAGUGUAUGUGCGGUGAUUGGUGGAUUUCGAUCCUCGGCCUUUGUCAGUUUCUUCGCGUUUGCGGUCUGUCUAUUCUAGCUGUUAUUUUGAUUAAAGGCAAUGAAAAACGCAAUCGUAAACGGUAGGAAAAGGAAAGCAAAUACGAUUGAACACAACAGACAAGAAUAAAGAACAGGUAGACUUUGUUCAUGAACCAAAUCAAUAUUUAAUUAUUGAAUCGAGGUGCAAUUUGACUGUUGGAUUAUUCAUUUUAUGAGUGGAUUAUUGAAUCAACAAACCGAAUCAUUUUUCCAUUUAUUCAUUCGACUAGCGACAGGAACGCUUGACAUGCUUUGACUGGCCUUUCACAAAAGAAAGAAAAAAAAGCCCUCCUUGGUCAGUAUGUUUGUUUCUAUACUUUGAACUCUUUCGAAAAUGUCAAGUCACACUGCGAAGUGCAUACAGAAAUACAGAGAAGGUAUCUGCACCGGCAAAUUUUCAACAUUUUAUUUUGCCCUCAAAGUCUUUCUACGGUAUUAAAGUCCUUGUGACGUAACUGAUGCAUAUGUGAAUAUACCUUUGCAUUUAAGAAAAAAUCUACUCAAAAGUUGACCGAUUUAGUGGAAGUUAAAGAAAUAUUUUCAUAAUUUCGGUUACUAAGAAAAGAGACUGAAGGAGAUGGCAGGAGCGCAAUUUGACUCCUCUUUUUAGCAUCAGGUUCUAUUGAUGCGCUCAACAAAAUUCAUUGACUGCCUUGGAUUCGUUGAGAAACUACAGCCUCGGUAUGUCCAACUUGAUUUUUCUUGCUUCUGAUCAAACUGUAAUGACUAAUAUUACUUGCUUAUUGUCAAAAUUCGUUAUGUUCUUGAAUUAUACUCCUUUUUCCAGGACUUUAAUAUUAUUGUAUAAAAUUAAAUUUAAAUCUAAAUUUAAAUUACAUUUGCGUGUCUUCUCACCAGAUAAAGUCUGACAAUUUUGCAGGGAGAGUACAACGCUUUUUUGGCCCUAUUCCUCUGGUCUGUUUUUCUGCAGAUUUCUUUCUCUUUACAGAAGCAAUUCUUUUCAGUUUUGAAUAAAACUUCUUUUUUAAUCUUCAUACUUCGGCGCCCCUCAUUGCGUUAAAACUGAAACUGAGUAACGCGUCUUCCGGAAGUGCGUCACACCUCAUUUAGCAACUAGUCAUGUAUCAAAAUCCAAGGGGGCUACAGAGAGGUUAUACUUGACACUCUUUUACCCUUCCACGAGCAUUUCACACAGCAGUGAUUCAAAAUGGCGGCCGAGAAGGUCUGUGAUGGUAGUAUCCAGGAAAAACAGUUGAUUUUGAGAAGAAAAGAAGCUUUAAAUUUUACCUACACUAGAAAACCGUUAAUUACCACGUGACCGAUUUAGCUUGACUUUUGUGGAGGAAUGGAUUAUUAUUUCUUUGUGAAAUUUGGCAAAUACACAAAGAGCAUGUUAAUGAAGAGAUCUGUGUUCGACCAAAGGUUAGCUAAAAUUGCCGUACAGCUGAAUUAUUCGGAUGUCAAAAUGUGGAUGAAAUUACAAAACAGCGAAUUGUGCCCUGGAAUGUGGAUUAAUAGGAGCUGUGUCGUGGUCGAACAGGAUUAUUCUAUCUUACGUCCUUAUUUGUGUUACAUUUCAUUCGGGAAUUUCUUUUAACAAUAAUUCUAAGGAUUCUUCUGAAAUUUGGAUUUUUUUUCUUUCCGUGCCAUCCUAGGGGGUAAUUAAAUUAACACCUUUUGGAUGACAUAGCUAGCAUAGUUUAUUUUGAUAUAUUGUAGUUCCUUAAGAACUAAGGAAUACCGUCAAUGUAGUAAUAUGUAGAUAUUAUCCAUAAAAUGACUAUUAAAAAUGAUGGGAAAAUGUGCAAAAUUUGCCGGUGCAGAUACCUUAACAGCAGUCUACAGUCUGAAGUUCGAGAUUGGCUUAAAGGAAAAGUCCGUUUUUGAUAUUUUGGAUUCACUUCAAGUUAUAUUUAUCACAUUUUUUCAAACUAUUUCAAAGUGAUAUGAGGAAAACAAAAGUGAAAGGCUUGUCUACCUCUUUGGAAACUGACGUGGGUGUUUCGUUUGAUUUCCAUGCAUAUGAUUGGUCUUUCUUCAGUAGACACUAUGAGCUGUUUAGAGGCGGUCCAUUGAAAUAAUAACACGACGAUGAUGACGAUUACGGUAAUGAUGAUAAAAAAUUCGCGUGUAAUUUAAACGUUACAUUAUACAUAACAUCACUUGUGACCUUUAUAUAGCAAUGCUACCAGACCCAACCACUGAAGAACCAACAACCGACGAUGAUGAUGGGGGUCCUUUAUCAAGUGGUCUAUCAGCAGCUGAAAUUGGCGGUAUCGUUGGAGGAUCGGUCGGAUUUGUUGUAAUCCUCAUCAUUAUCAGCCUCGUUAUCUUCUUCCGUUGCCAGCCUAAAAAAGGUAAGCUUCAUUUGAUAGGAUUGUUUUCGCCAUUUGCAGUCAAAGGUAUCGAAAAUUCCCUCUUGGAUAUGUUUCAGCUAAGGAAAUCGUCAUGAUACUUGAUUGCAAGACAGCGCCUUCUUAAUGGUGUUAAGGGGGAAGUUUGAUUGUUGUUGUUGUUGUUGUUUGGGGGGAAUGGGGAUAUUUUAAUUGAGAGUUGAAGAAAAAAGGGUGCAUAAACUUCAACCACUUAGUCCUCUGAUUGUGGUGAGCCAUUUGUUAUUUAUCUAUACCACUAAUUAUUUCCGGUAAUGUUCAACAACCCCAGCUUAAUUCAGGAUUUUUUCUAGUUGUCCAUAUUUAUAAACAAUUAUUUUAAGCAUUUAUUUAUUGAAAACACUACAAAAAUCAUCCAAAAAUUCUCAGACAUACAGUAGACUCCCGAUAAUUCAAAUCUUUAAGGGAAGUAGAAAAAAGUUCGAGUUAUCGAGGGUAAAAUUAUACAGAAAAUGAUCUAAAGGGAAAUGAAAAUUACUUCGAGUUAGCAGGAGGCUCGAAUUAUAGAGGGUUCGAGUUACCAGAGGUCAACUCUACUAACAUCCGACCACCCGCUCCCUGAGUCAUUAUAUGAUUGAAAAAAAUCUUGUCCAUGGCUAGAUUUUGAAGAAAAAGGGAAGUAAUUCGUGCCAUCUACUUGUUAUUGAGAACAAUAGAUAGUGUAAUAGUCGAAUAUAUACGGGCAAUUUUCUCGUUUUCAUUUUUAAAUCUGACUACCGCUUUAUUUUAACAUAUAGCUAAGGCUUUCCCUGUUACCAACCAGCUUUACUAUAAAUUUUCCAUUCUUUAGCAGGCAAAUCAUUCAGUGAAGCAGACGGAUAUCGCAUGUAAGUGCAUUUGAUAUUAGUCAAGCUCUCGCUAUUAUAAGGGAGAAAAAUUAAGACCCGACACACGGUAACCGCUCUGAGGAAAGUUAACUCUUUCUUGAGCUGAAGGUGAAAAUUUUAAAGUUCUAUCAAGAAUUUUUUACUUAGGUGGGCCCCGGCCCACCAUGGUCCUAAAGGUUGUGAUAAUGAAGGCUCGGGGCAACCUCGGUCCGAAACGCUCUCUCUACAUAACGGUAAGGUAAGAAAAGGAGCGAGAGCAUAUGUCUACUAGGUUUGGUUGCAGGAACACGAUUGCUGCGCUUCUUGUUUUUUACUAAGUUUUUUACUUAGAUAUCUGCGAGUACUGCGUAAAACCUGUUCUUGGUUUAAUCUUACUUUCCUUUGUCUUACAUUGCCAUACCCUAAAACUGAACCAAAGCAUAUACGUGACAACUGCCUUAUACCUGAUCGCUUUGUGAUGAUUUAGUUAUAGUUUCAUGCAUGGAUUGAUAUACCCCUAUCAUGCACAAUCAGUUGUAGUGUGGAGAAAAACUAUAACAUUGCUCACGGUAGCACACGUUUUAGUCGAGGCAUCACUAGAAAGUACUGGCUACUAUUUAAUGAAUAACUUUGUUACAGACACAGCAACCCGAGUCACAACACGUGAUCUUAAAUGGGUCUCAAUAAAACUAUACUUCAUCAUGAAAACGCUCUAAAAUAUUCUCAGUACGACCCAAAGGAAAACGUAUUAAUAUUCGACGAUCUAUAUAUGUAACACACACCGGCGUGCUUAGAAUGCGAGUUUUGGAGUUUGAAGUUGCAACACGCUCCCCAUAUCUAUAUGAACUCGCAACUCGCGAUCCGCAGUCCUCAAUUCCUAACAAUAUCUCGCGACUCUCAAUUCGCGACACGCAACUCCAACCAAAACUCGAAGAAUACCCGGUCCCACACUUGUAUUGGCUCCUAAUCGCAUUAAUCGGAUCGACUAUCUUCAUAGAUGAAGAAAGAUUCACAACAGAAACAAAAUCCUGCCUUAUUCUUCCUAACAUCUAUGAAUAACAAAGCAGUUUAUUGGCAAAUCUCUAUUUUUUAUUUUUUUUUGGUAGGAACAAACAGCCUCCUUCAUCAGGACUAGGGACAGCAAGCCCAGCUUUUGUUGAGGCCAGGAUGUAUGCCCCACCCAAUGCCGCCAAUAAAAAGGUAUUAACAACGACUGUAUUUCAUACCUUAUGUUAUUGCCACAAAAUUGGGAAAAUACGGAUACGGCAAUGGAUGUAUGAAAGCACCAUGAUAUACUUUUGCCCUCUUUCGAUGAUCAUUCCUGCAAGUAGCCGACCCAAAUUGUGUAUACUUUAUCUGCAAUCUGCCAGCGGAUAGAAUGUCAAGAUAAUAGGUGUUUUGAAAAAUUUGUUGCCAUUCUUGAAAUUGCAUCAUUUUUACAGGGAGAACCAGAAAAACGUCCUUUGCCAGCUGGAGGGAGCGGUGGACAGGACGGCCAGGGCGGCUUCGAAUUGUGGUGCUAAUUCUAGAAUAGAAGUGGGACCUAAAACCAAGCCCAUCACAUGUACGCGUUGUAGUUCACGAAUGUGAUCCCUGAGGGUAUAAAACGGGUGAAAUAUGAGCAAGUCCUCUCUUCACUAUGUCCUGGUAGAUCUAGCAGUAAGAAAAAAAAAAACCUGCAUCUUGUUUUGACUGAAAAAAUACGGUUUUAUUCUUGUUAGUUUUAAGCAAGUGUAAGUGAGGUUGAAUAGUAAAGGUAAGAGUAAUGAUAAGGAUAACAAUCAUAAUAAUAAUAAUAAUAAUAAUAAUAAUAAUAAUGAAAAUAAAAAGGCCGCCGCGAAAACUUUGCAACUGUUAAGUCGUCCCUCGCCACUGAUCUGCUCGAAACGCGCCUGAUCAUAGUCUUAACUGUUAACAAGAGACUGUUAACCAAUAAAAAGGCCUUUUCCAUUGUUUAAGCUUCGCUUGCCUUUCAUUUCUAAUAGAUGCUAAUUUUUUUGCUUGAUUUUCAAAUAUUCCAAGAGGCUCUAGACUAAACAAGUUAAACUUAUUGGUAGUCGACAAUCUUUGAAACAUACUGAGUUAUUAGAAGAGACUGGUUAUGAAAGACAACAAACAUCAGCUUAUGUUGCAAGCUCCCUAAAGUUGCACAAUCCCUUGUUUUCUGUUGGAAAAUUGCGACGGAAUAAAUUAAUGCAACAUUUUUAUUGGUCUUUAAGAUCAAAAUGGUGGGAAUGCUGUUGAACGUUGUACACCGUCAAGUCCACAAAAACAUAUAACAAAGGAGUCUGACGGGUUUUAUAACCAUUCCAAUCUAUUAACUAUAUAAAAUAUUUUAUUGUGUUUGUGAAAUAUAUGAAGCAAGCAGUAGAUAUUUGUAAGUAAGCAGCUAAUGAAAUCAUAUAACUUAUGAUUUUCUAAGCUAAAGUUUGUAUCAAAAUUUAAUUAUACUGUUUAGUAAUUCAUCAACUCAUUUUACAAACGUGUACAUGUAAUUAAAAUUCUCUCCAUUGAUUUGUCAUAACAUUAUUGAAUAAUUACGGUAAACUGUAUUUUACAAAUUGGUAUAUUGUGUUAAAAAGAUUUGUAUGGGAAAAAAAAACAAUAAAUGUGCUGUUACUUCUUUUUG